AUGGUGUCCAACCCGGAUGCCACGGAUUAUGAAGCCGAGGCCUUCGAAGACGCUCGCGACGAUAUCCCAACUCCCCUCAGCGCGUCCCGCUCUUUAACUGACCGACGGCCAUCCAUCGGGUCAUUGCCCACCCCAAAAGCUGCCGCGUUUCCUCCUCUAGAUUCCUCUGACAAAACCGAACCGGCUGUCAAGGAUUUGUCCUCGCCUCAGUCGAGGGAAGGGACCCCGAAAACGCAAAAACAACCAAAGUCCCCCCUACUUACUGCCCAUCGAUUGUCUACUUCUUCCUUGGACGACGUGAAUCUCAGUGGCUCCAAGGACGGAGAAACUGCAGAUUCACCGGCCUCUCACGUCAGUUCGUCCGGUAAUACUCCUCCAUCCUUACCCGCCAGAGAUUCUAAACCGGGCUCGCGACUUCAAAACCUUUCGGCAUCACUUCCAUCAGUGCCUUGGGGGCCUCCACCUGUAAAUAAGUCUCUUCCUCCUCAACCGGCUGCCCCUCCUACGAGAAAGCUCACAAGCCCUUUUUCGUGGCUGUCGCGCGGCCAAAACACCUCGAAAGAAUCAAAAACAUUGGGGAACCGAAGAAAUACAGGCGCGUCAGUCUCCACGAUUUUGAGCAAUCCUGAAAUGGCACAUCGCUCUGAAGGCAGCGAUGGCGAUGCAGCCAGUACGGAGUCGAGGAGGCAAUUGCGAAACAGCCUGAAAGAUCAAUUCAAACUGCUGAGAAUGCGGGAAGAAGGCAGCGUGGAAGACCAGGCCGCUGUUGUUUCGGAAAGUCAAGAUGAAAAAGGACAGAGUACUCUCAGCCCUCCUUCGAGUUCACUUGAUGUUGAUAGCACAUCACUGCCUUCUCCCGUGCCCGGCUCUCCUCUCCCACCCACAGCAAAUCCCAACCUUGCUCCUGGGACCGUAUCUGGGUUUUCCGCCUCUGCAACGGACGCCGCUGCACCGGUGGACUGGGAACUCUGGCAACAGAUAGUGAACCAUGGCCCUGAUGCGCUUAAUGGUAGUAAUGCGGAAGAACUUAAUGUUGCUAUUCGACGGGGCAUUCCCCAGACGAUCCGUGGCGUUAUUUGGCAGGUUCUAGCUGACAGUAGGAGCCCCGACUUAGAGGAUGUGUACCGAGAGCUCUGCGCCCGGGGUACAGAUAAAGAGAGGGAACGCUACUGGAGCCCUCCAUCUGCAAACGGACAUGCGAAUGGAAAUUUGAAGGACAAGGAUUCUACGUCAUCAUCUCGCUCAUCUGUUCACUCAAAUACCUCCACUGCGGCAACUAGUUCAACCAAUAUCCCAGCACCGUCAGUCUCAGACAAGGAAACUGAAGCCACAAUCAAAGCCCAGGCUGAUUCGGAGGAAACGCGUAAAAAGAAAGCAAAAGAGGAUGCAGCUGCACUUGUAAAGCUGGAGAAGGCGAUCAGGCGGGACCUAGGCUCUCGAACCAGCUAUUCGAAGUAUUUCAUGUCGCAACGGAACCAGGAAGCGUUAUUCAAUGUGUGUAAAGCCUACGCACUAUAUGAUAGCGGUGUAGGCUAUGCCCAGGGGAUGAAUUUCAUUGUAAUGCCUUUGUUGUUUAACCUGGACGACGGCGAGGCAUUUACACUUUUGGUCAAGCUGAUGAACAAAUACGACCUACGGUCUUUAUUCAUUCACGACAUGCCUGGACUCCACCGUCACCUCUACCAAUUUGAACGUUUACUUGAGGAUUUGGAACCGGCAUUGACCUGCCAUUUGCGCCGCCGCGGCGUUGGCCCUCAACUCUAUGCGACUCAGUGGUUCCUUACUUUAUUUGCAUAUCGUUUCCCCCUACAACUUGUUCUACGGGUAUACGACUUAAUAUUUGAACAGGGUUUAGAGAGUGCUAUUCUCCGCUUCGCUGUCGCAAUAAUGAGACGCAAUGUCGAUGCAUUACUCAGUAUGAAUGAUAUGACUACUCUAACUAGCUUUUUGAAAGAAAAGAUUUUUGAUGUAUACAUCGACAAACAACCAUCUCCUAGCUCGAUUUUAGAAUCGGGAUUCUUUGGAAGUUCUGGCGCAAGCGACAAAGAAAUCUAUCGUGCUGAUAUCAUGGUUGAAGAUGCAUGUGCCAUCACUUUAACCCCUGAGAUGAUUCGCACCUACACCUCUGAGUGGGAGGAGAAGACACGCGCAGAAAAGGACUUGGCCACCGAAAUUGAAGGGUACAAACACUCUAUUGUAACUCAAUCCGCUCGUAUUCGAUCACUGGAAGAACAUGCUGAAAAGUCAGAUACCGAGCAUGUUCAAAUUGCAUCUGAGCUUGUUCGCAUUAAGGUUGAGAAUGAGGAAUUAAAAGACACGAAUGAAAGCCUCAAACUUCAAGUUACCGAUCUCAAAGAUAUGGUCGAUCGUCAACCAGCUGAGCUGGAGGAGAAAUUGAGAACAGAAAUGGACCGGAUCAUGAAACGGAAUAUCGAAGUGCAAAAUGAGAAUCGUGCCAUGGAGGAGCAAAUGACGGAAAUGGAGAAGGACUUGGUGGAGGCAAAGAUGAAGUGGGCAGAGAUUUCCGAAAACUACGAUACACUGAAGCAGAAAUGGAGCGAUUUACGAAAGGCCCUGGAUGGCUAA